UCUCCAAAGAUGGCGACCAUGGAAGGAGUAAAUUCGGAUCUUGCAAAAGAAAGAAAAAAUGCUUCUUUUGACGUUGAACAACUUACAAAUUUUAUAUAUAGAGGUCCUGAGAAGGUGAAAAGAAGAAGAUAUUUACAUAACUUGGCCAUAAAAGAUCCUGAGUUUAAAAAAGCUAAGCCCUGGGCAUUCCAGACUAGAGAGGAACAGUAUGAGAUUGCCUUGUGCAAAUUUCUUUACAUCAAUAAAAAAAUGAAAGAGCAUGGAAUUACAGAGCCGGCUGAUAGAUUCUACUAUCAAGAAGCUGUGGCCUCACAUGAAAACAGUCCAAUUGGUCUUCACACAGUGAUGUUUAUUCCCACCAUAGAAAAACAGGCAACGAAAGAACAGCGAGAAAGAUGGCUGCCACUAGCAGAAAGCCUAAAAAUGAUCGGAACGUAUGCUCAAACAGAAAUGGGCCAUGGGACAUUCAUAAGAGGGUUAGAGACAACCUCAACAUAUGAUCCAAAGACCAAGGAAUUUGUCCUCAACUCGCCCACUAUAACCUCAAUGAAAUACUGGCCAGGAAAUUUGGGAAAGACCACAAACCAUUGCCUUGUUAUGGCACAGCUCUACACUCAAGGAAAAAACUGUGGAAUACACAUGUUCAUGGUGCAGAUACGGGACCUGGAAACACAUAUGCCUUUGCCAGGUAUAGAAGUUGGUGACAUUGGUCCAAAGUUUGGAUAUGGUACGAAUGACAAUGGAUACUUAAGACUGAACAGUGUUAGAAUACCCAGAGAAAACAUGCUCAUGAGAUACUCCAAGGUACUAGAGGAUGGGACUUUUGUAAAACCCCCGAAUGCUAAGAUUGCCUAUGGAUCCAUGGUGCUGGUGAGAGCGGCCAUUGUUACUGAUGCCUCACGUGCCCUGGGCCAGGCCUGUGUGAUCUCCAUUAGAUACAGCGCUGUCAGACGACAAACAGAGGUCUCCCCAGGAGGUGAAGAAGCACAGAUUUUAGACUAUCAAACUCAGCAGUACAAGUUAUUCCCCUUACUUGCCACUUCUUACGCUAUGUAUUUUGCUGGGAGGUUUAUGUAUGAUUUCUAUCUGAAAGCUACAGCAGAAAUUGAAGCUGGAAACUUAGAGUCCAUGCCUCAGCUCCACGCCAUUUCGGCGGGACUGAAGGCCUUCAGCUCCUGGACGUGUUCGGCGGGGGUGGAGACAUGUCGUCUGUGUUGUGGGGGGCAUGGCUACUCCCACGCCAGCGGUCUGCCUAAGAUUUAUAUAGACUGUGUUCCUGGCUGUACUUAUGAAGGGGAAAACAAUGUCAUGAUGCUCCAAGUGGCCAGGUUUUUGAUGAAGAUGUAUGGGAAAAUGCAAAAUGGAGAAUCACUGCCAAGUUUUAUGCAGUAUUUAGGCACUGACCUCAAUAAGAGGUCAUGCAUGACUGAGGAAGUGGCCCUGAAAUGUUUAGUAUUGGCUUAUGAAAACAGAGCAGCAAGAACAGUAAGAGAUGCAGCUGUCAACAUGCAGAACUUGGUACAGUCUGGGAAAUCUCCAGUGGAGGCCUGGAAUGGAUCUACAGUAAUGCUGACAUGGGCAGCUACAGCCCAUUGCCAUGCCUUUGUUGUGAAACAUUUUGUUGAGACGAUAACUGAUUCCAAGAUGGAUGCCAAAGUGAGGCCAGCUCUGACUGGUUUGUGUAAGCUGUAUGCCGUUCAUGGAAUUGUGGAGAACCUGGGUGGAUUUAUUCAGGAUGGAUUCUUUGAUUCCAAUCAAGUAAGCUUCCUGCAGAAGAAGUUGAUGGCAUUGCUGGCUGAGAUCAGACCCAAUGCUGUAGCGUUUGUGGAUGCAUUCGAUUAUCCAGACGAGGUGCUCCAGAGCUGUUUGGGACGAUAUGAUGGUCAGGUCUAUCAGGCUCUGUAUGACUAUGCCAAAAGCUCUCCACUCAAUGAAAAGGAGGUUCUUGAUUCCUACCACAAAUACAUCAAACCUGCUCAACAAGGAAAUGGAGCCAUUUAUCAAGUUUCUAAGUUAUAAGAUUCUGUUAUAUUCUAAUACUUAUAAAACUGAACAUUUGGAUCAGUUACAUUCCAUACAUCUGUUUACUGAUGUGUUUUAUUGAGUUUCAUGUAAAAUGAAUACAUGUGAAAUGAGUACAAAAUUCUUUAUGGAGUUUUUUUUUAUCAGUUAGACUGUGAUUAAAAAUCAAUAUUUGUGUCAAUAUGAACAGGUGCAAUAGUUAAUGUUUUGAAAUGUGCUUGUUGUAAUCUGAAUUUUAUGCAGAUGAAUAUGAUUUGAUAUAGUCUUACAUGUACAUUAUGGAGUUAUAUUCAGAUUUAUUUCGAAUUAUCAUAUUUAAUUAUUCUCAUGAUCAUAUUUAAUUAU